UUUACUUUAAACCAGGCUGGUCAGAUUGCAGGUUCUGCCGGCCUGUCUGAGUCUCUUAAGCAGGAUAAGCUUCCUUUUGUCUCUGAUAAAAAAACAAAGACUUGGGUGCUUGUCGAUUGCUGUGUUCUGAAAUGCAAUUAGUGUUUAAAAUACCAAACACUUUGUCCUAUUCAAGAAAAACUAAUAGAUUACCCUUAAUUCUGUGUAACCUCUAUCAUUCAAGCAAAAUUUCAGCACCUAAUAGAGAUUGCAUUCGCAAUUCUAACAUAGCACGUUCCAAUUUGCUAAUCACUAGGCUAAGUAGAGAAGGGAAUAUCAAUGACGCACGUCAAGUGUUUGACAAAAUGUAUGAACGAGAUGUGGUGACAUGGACAGCAGUGAUUUCUGGGUAUAUAAAAUGUGGAUUGAUUGUGGAAGCAAGGAGGUUGUUUGAUAGAGUUGAUGCAAUUAAAGAUGUGGUCACUUGGACUGCGAUGUUAAGUGGGUAUGUGAGGUUGAAGAGGAUUGAGGAAGCUGAGAGCUUGUUUGAGGUGAUGCCAGUGAAGAAUGUUGUUUCUUGGAAUACAAUGAUUGAUGGGUAUGGAAAAAAUAGGGAGGUAGAUAAGGCUAUUGAGGUGUUUGAGAGGAUGCAUGAGAAAAAUAUGGUUUCUUGGAAUACAGUGAUUGCUGCUUUGGUUCAAUGUGGAAGGGUGGAGGAGGCUAGGAGGAGGUUUGAUGAAAUGCCUAAAAGAGAUGUGAUUUCGUGGACUACGAUGGUUAUGGGGUUGGCGAGGUCUGGGAGAGUUGACGAGGCUAGAAAGGUUUUUGAUAGGAUGCCAGAGAGGAAUGUUGUGUCAUGGAAUGCGAUGGUUACUGGUUAUGCCAGGAAUAUGAGGCUGGAUGAGGCUUUUGAUUUGUUUGAGAGGAUGCCUGAAAGGAAUUUAUCCUCGUGGAAUACAAUGAUCACAGGGUUUAUUCAGAAUGGAGAGCUAGCAUGGGCAAGGAAGGUGUUCAAUGAGAUGCCUGAAAAGAAUGUUGUUUCCUGGACUACCAUGAUAACUGGGUAUGUUCAAGAGGGAGAAAGUGAAUCAGCAUUGAAGGUCUUUGUGGAAAUGAUAAAGGAUGGUGGAGCCAAGCCUAAUGAGGGAACCUUUGUUAAUGUUUUGGGAGCUUGCAGUGACUUGGCUGGUCUUGGUGAAGGGCAGCAAGUUCAUUUGUUGAUCAGUAAAAGUGCUUAUCAGGAUAGGACAUUUGUCGCAUCUGCACUCUUGAAUAUGUACUCGAAAUGCGGGGAGUUGACUAUUGCAAGGAAAAUUUUUGAUGACGUAGUGAUAGGCCAGAGGGAUUUGGUUUUGUGGAAUGGUAUGAUUGCAGCCUAUGCACAUCAUGGAUGUGGGAUGGAGGCAAUUGAAUUGUUCGAGGACAUGCGGGGUUUAGGGUUUAAGCCUAACGAUGUUAGCUAUGUGGAAUUGCUCAAUGCUUGCAGCCAUGCUGGUUUGGUGGAUGAGGGACUAAACUACUUUGACGAGCUUGGGAGAGACAAUUCCAUACAAUUAAGAGAGGAUCAUCAUGCAUGUUUGGUGGAUUUAUGUGGUCGAGCAGGGAGGCUCAAGGAAGCUUUUGAUUUUAUUAAGCAGCUAGGGACCAAGGCAUCAUCCUCUAUUUGGAGCGGUUUACUUGCUGGAUGUAACGUCCACGGGGAUCUGGAAAUAGGGCAGCUGGCUGCAAAAGAGCUCGAAAAGGAGGAUCCCGAGAAUGCAGGAACCUAUUUGUUGUUGUCUAACAUAUAUGCUUCUGGUAGGAAAUGGAGAGAAGCCUCGAGAGUGAGGUUGAAAAUGAAAGAAAAGGGAUUGAAAAAGCAACCUGGUUGCAGUUGGAUUGAAGUUGGAAACAGGGUUCACGUGUUUUUAGCUCGUGACAAGUCUCAUUAUCAAUCUAAUCUUAUCUAUUCUUUAGUCCAUGAUAUUCAUGCAGAAAUGAAGAAGGCAGAGCAUGUACCGAAUAAUGAUUUUGUUGAUGAGAAGAUUUUUCAUCAACUCAGAUAACCAAAACUUCAUGAAAAUGUAGUCAAAGAUGAACAAUGAAGGAUUCUAGGCAGAAGGAUUCAUGUUUUAGCAGUAUAUUCAUUUGAUUGACUAAUUAUAAAACACUGUAAAUGUGAAUCACAA